AUGGCUGAGGCGCCUCUGGCUACGCCAGCUGCGGCUUCGAAGCCGACCCAGCGAGCACUUGCCGUAGGGCUUCAUGAAGCUGCUCUCGACUCGCCAACGUUUCGCGCGACAGCGGCCCAUUUCUCCGAGCAGAUCGAAGCCGUCGAAAAGUGGCUCAAUGGCUACGUCAACUCUACCUCCAAGCUCCUGCACGAUAUCAUCGCCGUGGAAGACACGAUCAACUCGUACCUGACAAAGACCAUACCGUCCGCCACCGACGGCGUGAUAGACAAUGACUAUACAUUCCUAGCCUUGAAGCGCGUGGGGGACGGCUCGCGCGAGUGUUGGAUGCAGUUGCUGGGCAGCAUGAAGAGGAUGGAGACCACCGUCGUGGAGCCCGUUCGCUCAUUCCUCGUUGGUGACAUGCGCAACUUCAAGGAGAUCAAAAAGGUCCUGGAGCAAGCUCAGCGAACGUUCGACAUGGCCCUCGCGCGGUACGUGGCGCAGCCCAAGACAAAGGAGGCUUCGCACCUGCGUGAGGAUGCCUUCUCCGUCUACGAAGCCCGCAAGGCGUACCUGCAGGCCUCCAUGGACUUUUGCCAGCUGGCCCCCCAGGUUCGGUUCACGAUGGACAAGGUUCUCGUCAAGGUGUCCGGGGAGAUCUGGAAAGAGUUGAAACGUGGCCGAGAGGCGGCAACGGGCGCUACACGACAUGAGCGGGACAUGGACCGCGUGCGAGGUUGGGCUCGGGAAAUGGAGAUAUCGGAGAGCGUGUUCAGGAGAGAGCUGCAGAUCGCUCGGCGCGACCUGGGCGACCAAGCACUUAUUGGAUGUAAGCCAUCUCGCGAGCUCGAAGACUACAGCACAUCGACGGUCCCAUUCUUGGGGUCCAGGGGCCCAAUGAACCUAGAGAUGAAAGGGGAUGGUGCUGUCAUCUCCGAGAAGCAGGGCUGGCUGUACCUGCGCACCCUAUCCGGAAAGCCUGCGAGACACAACUGGGUUCGCAGAUGGUAUUACUGCCGCGAUCGGGUCUUUGGUUGGCUCAUCCCGGGGCCCCAGGGCGUCCUACAGGGCGACGAAAUUGGUGUCCUUCUGUGCAAUGCUAAACCCGCCCCCGGCGAGGACAGGCGUUUCUGUUUCGAGGUCAAGACAAAGAGCCAGACAAUGAUGUUGCAAGCAGAGACGCAGGGCGAGCUGACAGAAUGGCUCGAGGUAUUUGAGGUCACCAAGAAGAAGGCGUUUGAGGCCACAAUGGAUCGGGACUCCAUCAGCCCGUUUGGAACCACCGAUCCCGCGUUUUUCAUCUCACCACCAACGGUGCCAGAGUUCUCGGCGCGCAUACUGGACACCCCGAUGGCUCUAGCGAGCGAAGAGUCUGCUGCUAUAGAGAGGGCAGGCACCCUCCCGGUGCCAGGCGCUGACGCUUCGGCAUCAAGGUCAAGCUUCGAUGUGAACGGUAGCUUGUCCCGCCGAUCCAUCACGGCCCUCGGCAGGGAUCUAGCCCGCGAGGAGGGAGAGAGCGGAAGAGAACAUGCGGUGCGGAUCAUCUCGAAGCUUGAUCUGCACCGCAAGGCCACCUUUGGUGCAGGGGCAGAGGCUGCUCUGGCCGGAUCUUCAGGGGCUGCUGGUGGUCUUGCCAGCGUGAUCGCGGCAAGCCAUAACCUGCUGCCGGGUCACCCCAACUCGGCCCUUGGCUCCAAGUCGAAGAACAGCUUGCUCCCGUCGCUAGACAGCAAUCCCGGAACACUCGCGCCACUCACACUCGCCAAGCCUCCGGCCAUCACCAACCUGAGUCGCACUGCCGUGCUCACAGCCGCUCAGCGCGACGCAAGGCAGGUAACCGACAAGCUGCCCCCUUCUGUGCUAGCCAAUUAUUGGGGCACCAACGCCUGGGGCGUGGUGAAUACGCCGCCGCCAGAGCCAGUGCUGCACCGGUUCAGCGAUGAUGAUCCUGUGGGGGUGGUGGUUUCACCAGACAAUGUGCAAACGCCCCUGAUUGAGUCCAUGCAGAAGAAGCAGACGCAAGACUCACUACCUCAUAACUAUCCGCCCGAGUUGCGAGCUCAGCAUGCUCAGUUCCGUCUCCUGUUCCCGACUGCGCCUCCGGAGGAAAAGCUCGUGCUGGUCUUUAGAGCCGCAUGGUCCAGCACAGCGUCAUCGGCCGAGUCACUGGGCCACUCCCUAGCGGGCGAUGGACGGAUCUUUGUUACGCCCGAUCACAUGUACUUUUACGGCCAGCAGAUAGGUCUGGUCACGGCAUACACCCUGCCCCUUGAUAUGAUAUCCGAAGUGACAGCCUCACCUGGCAAAGAGGUUGACUUCAUCUUCCUACACUUUGGUCAAGAUACCAAUGACACUGGGUACGCCAAGAUCACGCUCAAGAUCUUCUUGGAUGACUUGCGUGUGCUCCACACACGCCUCAACAUGCUCAUCGACGACUUGCAGGCUGAGGAGCCAAUGGACACGGAGGCCAUCAUCACUGCACUCAUCAAUGUGGAAAGAGAAGGACAGGAGAGGCCAAGCCCAUCGGCAGAGAGCUGGGAGGAGAUUCCGUCGAAUACACCGUACGAUGAUGGUACCCCAGGGGGCAGCAAUGCGAUGAGCAGGUCUUUUGAAGGUAGCCCACGGCUUCAGCCUUCCGGGUCUCGCUUGGCCAUACCUUCCAAAGUACAAUUGCCGACGCAUGCCAUCGUAUACGAACCAGAAGACAUGCACGAAAUGGCGGCCGAGCGACACUUUGAGAUCAGCGCAAAGUCGUGCUUCCACGUUCUGUUCGGAGACAAGAGCUUUGUCUUCCCGAAGCUAUACUUUGAACACCGCGCCCAGCAGAUCGCGCAAGGACCCUGGAUUCUGGUGGACCAGGGGCGGAUGCGACGUGAGUUCCAGUUCAAGGUUGAUCACACAGAUCUCUUGGGCAGAACGAAGACAGUGGAGGUCACAGACCACCAGACCAUUGACAUGCACAGCGAGCAUGUUACUUACGUCGUGACGCACGUCAAGACGGCGUGGCAUCUUCCUCACCACCAGCACUUCAAGCUGAUUACCAAGAUUGUUAUCACGUUUGUGGCCAAGUCAAAAUGUAGACUCGCCGUCUAUGUUCGGAUCGAUUGGUCCAAGACACCUGCGCUGUCGAAGAAUCUCAUUGAGCGACAGGCGCUCCACGACGUUUCGAGUGACGCCAUGGAGUUGGCAGAAUUGGUCACGGACCAGGUCCGCAAGCUGGGUGCGCGAAGCCGAACCAACAGGGCCAUCCAGGUGUACGGCCACGUCGGGCAUCAGACGCAAAUGGUAAUUUUCUCGCCAGCAGCGUCUGAUGCGAGCAGGAAGCAGACGACCAAAACGCGAACCCUGACCGCCCUGGUCUGGGAGACAGUGCGCUCCUUUGGCGAGAGUGCCGUGUCCUCGCUGAUCAUGUGGGCAUUUGCAGGCCUCAGGAAGCUGUUCAAGGUGAUGACGGCGCAGCGGCUACUGUUAGCACUGCUUGCGUUGAGCACCCUGACCAACAUGCUCCUCACGGCCACCGAGACCUCGACGUGGUGGAAGGAGAGGCGUGCUGCAGGCCUGAUGCGUAAUCUGGGUGUGGGACCAAACACAGUGAUGAGCAAGGCCAUUUACAUCUCGGAUCUCGGUGAGGCGUCGGAGAGUAGUCACACCCAUGCUUUCCCGCAGAACAGCACCUGCUUCGGCAGCUUCCAGGACAUUGUGGCAGCCACGGACAUGGACGCCCCUUGGCAAGACGCAGGCUCUGUCUUUGCAUCGCCGGCCUCCCGAUCGACUGCAAAUCGCCUCCGACGCUCGAGGCAACGGCUAGGUACAUACCGCCACGACCUUGUCGUAGCGAUGCGCGUUGUCAACAGCAUCGAGAAGGAGAUGCUGCAGUCCGAAUGGGAAAACUGGCUGGCUAACGAAGUCUCACUGUGUGAGGACCUGACAGUCGUGCUCAGCAAGGACGAGGAGAAGGCCGGCAAGGCGCGAGAUGAGUCUAUGCAGAAGGUCUUGGCAGCUAUGCCGUCUACCAGGCGGGAGGCACUUAUCGAGUGGCGCGACAAGCAUUGUGGGAGUUGCCAAUUGGAUUACAAUGAGGUGAUGGCGGAUCGGAUGGCCGCUGGACUGUAG